AUGGCGCUGCUCCUCCGGUCGUCGCGCGCGGAGCGGGUCGUGCGCGCGGGACUGGCGGCGGGAUUGCGACGAGCUUGGAGUCCCGCGCUCGGGAGUUCCGCCGUUCGAGAUGCCACUGAAAUACACGGCAGGAGCGACGCUGCUGACGUAGCCAAGCCCCGCUUGGACGUGGCGAGGGCGCGUGGUGACGUGCGCGAGUGCGAGUACGCAGUGCGAGGCGAGAUAGUCGCAAGGGCGCUCAUGCUCGAGUUUCAGCUGGUAGCGAAGCCGGGUUCACUGCCCUUUGAUGAGAUCGUCUACUGCAACAUCGGCAACCCUCAAGCUCUUGGGCAGCCACCCAUCACGUUCUACAGAGAGGUCCUGGCUCUCUGCGACCACCCUUCUCUUAUGCACGGCAAGAAUCCGGACGGCUCGUCUCCUUUCAGUGCCACGGCGAGGCAGCGAGCGCAGCAGAUGCUGGACUCCAUUCCCUGUGCUGCCACUGGCGCGUAUAGCCACAGCCAGGGGCUGCCGCUGUGCCGGCAGGUGGUGGCUGAGGGCAUUGCGAGGAGAGACGGCUAUGCUGCCUCGGCAGAUGAUAUAUUUCUCACUGACGGCGCCAGCCCUGCUGUGCAAAUGAUCCUCAAGCUUCUAGUGCGCAGCAAGGCGGACGGCGUGCUCUGUCCCAUCCCGCAGUACCCUUUAUACUCAGCCUCGCUAGCACUCAACGGAGGCACCCUAGUGCCCUACUACCUAGACGAAGGGGCGCGCUGGAGGCUCGACCCCGCCCAUCUGCAAACGGCGGUGGAGAAGGCAGGGGAGGAGGGCGUUUGUGUGCGGGCGCUCUGUGUGAUCAACCCAGGGAACCCCACCGGACAGGUGCUAGAGGAGGCGGAUCAGCAGGCAAUAGUGCGUUUCUGUGUGGACAAGGGGCUGGUGCUGAUCGCAGACGAGGUGUACCAGGAGAAUGUGUACGCACCCGACCGCAAGUUCCUGUCCUUCAAGAAGGUCGCGAGGGACAUGGGCGUUGGUGCUUCUGACCUUGCUCUCAUCUCCUGCCACUCCUCCUCCAAAGGGUUCUAUGGCGAGUGUGGCAGAAGAGGAGGCUACAUGGAGGUUACAGGUCUGCCCUCUGAGGUGCGCGAGGCCAUGUACAAGAUGGCCUCAGUGAAUCUUUGCUCCAACGUGCCAGGACAGAUCCUCAUGUCACUCAUUGCCUCGCCACCUCAGGAGGGAGACGAUGCCUUUCCUGUCUUUGCUGCAGAGAGGGAUGCCAUCCUCUCCUCACUUGCUCGUCGUGCCAAGUUGCUGGUUGAUGUGCUCAACUCACUACCAGGCAUCACCUGCAACCCCUCUGAAGGCGCCAUGUACGCCUUCCCCAGGCUGCACCUCCCCCCGCGAGCAGUGGAAGCAGCAGCAGCAGUGGGCAUGCUAGCAGACACUUUCUACGCGCGCCGAUUGCUCGACGCCACAGGGAUUGUUGUGGUACCGGGAUCAGGUUUCGGGCAGGAUCCUGGGACAUGGCACGUGCGGUUCACGAUCUUGCCAAGUGAAGAUAAGAUCUCGGGAAUGAUGGAGCGGUUUGCUGAGUUCCAUGAUAGAUUCAUGCGGGAGUUCACUGUUUGA